AUGGGAUCUAAAAGGCCACAAACUAUCAUCGAUCCACGAAAAUUCAGUAGCCAAGUCGCUGUCAUCACUGGCGCGGCACAGGGUAUAGGCGAAGUAGUUGCAGCUUUAUUUGCCGACCAGGGGGCCAGUGUUGUUCUUCUAGACAUCAACACGGCAAAGCUUCAGCAGGUCGAAAAGACCCUGCUCUCAAAUGGUGGAAUCGUCGCUCAUCGGGUAUGUGAUAUCACCAGCGAGACACUGGUGCACCACACUAUCGAUGAAAUUGUCCGAACAUUUGGCAGGAUAGAUAUCCUCGCUCACCUAGCGGGGAUAUAUCCCGCUAAGCCGUUACUGGAUGUCACCUCUACGGAAUACAGGCGUAUAUUCCAGGUCAACAUGGAAAGCUGCUUUUUCCUGACCCAGGCUGUUCUACCACAUAUGAAACGGAGAGGCUACGGGAGAAUUAUCAAUACUGCCAGUCAGACAAUGGUCAAACCUGUACCAGGAUUAGCUGUGUACGCGGCAUCCAAAGGCGCUGUAGCGGCAUUCACGCGGGCGACGGCAACAGAAGUCGGUCCUGGCAUCACCGCUAACUUUGUCUCACCCACCUUAAUCUCCACACCUGCUACGCACAAUGGCGAAUAUCAAAAGGAGCUCUUCGGCAAAGCUGUAGAAGAGCAGUGCGUGAAACGAGUUGGAUUGCCUCGGGACGUGGCCCAUGCCAUCAUGUACAUUGCAAGUCCAGAGGCAGAGUUUAUCACGGGUCAGAUGUUCGACGUUGGGGGUGGCUCCUUCUUUCAUUGA